AUGAACGUUUUCAUACCCUCAUUCGCUAUCCUGGUAUUAGUUUUUCAAGUUACGAUGACCGAUGGUAAAUGUAACCCGCCAGUUGUAGAUUCGUGUGCGGUUCGAGGACCUGAACCGUAUAUUUACCGGGUGACAGUUGGGCACCCAUGUAGCGCAAGGCCAGAAGCUAAAUGGUGUUGUCCUGCCAGAGUAUUUUUUCUUUCACCGGCUCCUCCGUUGCAAGAAGCAUUUGAUAGUGGUUGCAGGCCUCAAUAG